AUGUUACUAAAGUUAUUAAUUUUUCUGUUGCCUGUACUGUGGAGGAUCGCAUCUUGUGUGCCAUCACAAACGAACGUCUUCAUCCGUAAAUACGAGCUGGAUGUGAACUCCUCAAAGAUCAUGCAGAAGGAUGAUAGAAAGCUGAUGCAGAAGUGGGCUGAUGAUUACCAGAUCAAACGCCUGGACAUCAGCAUGAAGUACCGGCUGCAGAUGGUGAAGCAUCAGGAACAUAGUUUGGGAGGCAAUGGAAAUGUUGUGUGGGUGAACUGCCUUUACGCCCACAGGAAAGAAACAAGACGAACAAUAAGGCUUUACCACGAUAACGAACACGAAUGCUUGAAGACUGCAGCCUCUAGAGAUGUGACCAUGAGAGAAAAUGUGGAGCAAAUUGAGAAACAGAUAACAAAUUGGAGAAAAGGUUACAGGUACUUACAGAACCUGUGCAAUGACGAAAAUGUAGGCAACAACAGGGCAAUGAACCAGUGUUUGGUUAGAUAUAUGCAAAACGAUAAUUUUGACGAGGUAAUCCAUAGACUAGUGAUUCUAAAACUUAGUACUAUGAAUGACCUGUACGCCUACUACAACUCCUCACUACAGGAGUUGGAGGAAUGUCUGAAGACACAGCUGUCCAUGUACCUGGAACGAAUACGAGCAGUCAUGGAUACUCUGUAUAAAUGCUACAAUAUUAAAACGUGA